CCUACGCUCUACAUCUACCAUUCUACAUUUAACAUUGGGGUCGUCGAUUGCAGAAGAGGACUCGCUAACACUACAGCAGCAGGCGCCUACGACAUAAGCGCACAGUUCUUUUGCUUUUCCCGAUGAAAAGAUACUCAAUACAGCAGUUUGGCCAAGAAUGAGAAUGACACAGUCGAUUUGAAUAAUACAAAAGAAACGAAAUAGAGACAUCGGACGCUUAUUCCUCUACAUUCCAAACUAAUACUACUUGCUGAGUAAGGUGAAGAAGACCAAAGAACAAGUGGAAAAGACAAAGAUAAGCACUAAAUGACUUCAAGGUACUUGUUAUUUUGCAACAAGAAUUUGUCUUUGUGCAGUCCGCUUUGAUUGUGACAGUCAGCGUUCUGCUUAGAGUAAAUCGAAGGAAUUACUGCUUGUUUGUGUUUCGUUCGCUAUUCGGGCUGUACCAUAAUAAUCAAAUACUGUCAUCAAAUUCAACAACAACAAGGUUUGCUUCCGAAACAAUGGAAGCGCCGGGCGCAGGAUCUUCUAUCGCUCCGCCUCCGGGGCUGGAAGGAGAAGGCCGGGGAAAUGGGUUAUGAGAGGAAGCCAAAAAGAACAAUAUACAUCUGUAGUUUCGAUUGAUAGAGUUCUAAAACUGCAACAAAGACGUAUUCAAAUGUAAGUAAGCACCUGCUCCUGCGGCUUUCAUACUUUGCAGUCUACAAAAAUGGACAACCGAAUGGCGCUGCGGCGUCUACUUGGUAUAAUAAUCGGUAUCAUAUUCUUGCUCCUUACCCUGCCUCGUCUCGGCAAUACGAACAAGCAGCCUGGCUGUACCAUCAACAAUCUUCCUUGCGCGACUCGCAGCAUGAACAACAAGAUUCUGGCUCGUCCUAUGAUGCGCUUCCUGCUGGUACAAAAGGAAAGCAGCCUGCGGGUGUAGCAGCUACAGCUACGUCGUACAACCAGAUAAACGUUGGCGAAAAUGAUUAUGAUCUUCGUCUUCGUGUUCGUGCCGGUGCAAAGCAAUGGCUGCAAGAACAGGCUAGUACUACAACUACUACAUCUGAGAUGCUGGAAGUGGGUGCAUCUAAAAGUGACAGGAGCCACAGUUACAGCAAACAAUCGGAUAACAGUUGGCCCAUCUCGGCUGCUCCUGGUGCCCAAGGCCAGCGGUACAACAACUUCUACAACACGCAAGCCGACUACAACAACUAUACUGAUACUGCUGGCAAUGCUGGCAAGAACGUCCUUGGUUCUGUUGCCAACAGUAUCACUGGUCGCGGUUCGUCUACCGACAAAGACUACAACGCUCUUGGUUCCUCUGACGACUCUCUCAACAAGCGCAACGUUAGUCCUGCUUCUGCUGCCGAGAAAAAUCUCCCCGGAAAAAUCUCCCCGUCCGUUGACCAGUUAGUCAAUCUCUAUCUCGCCACCAGUGCUUGCUCCCCGCCUAACAUUGAAGACAACGCCAAGAACGUCAGUUCUUCCCUGAUGAACUUCCAAGACAGGUUCCAGGCUCAACUGCAGCGGUUGGGAGACCAACUCGAGAACCAGAGAGACGCGGCGACUCUUGUUCCUCUAAGGCUUAAGGGUUAAUGAAUUGCAUCCUUCACUACCAUUCCUCACUUUUUUCCGAAAUCUCUCCUUACAACUUUCUUGUCUAGUAGUAUAACUUCAUGAAGGAACAAGAGCCACCCGUGCUGGCGAACAGAAAAGGAGACUGUCUGUACAUAUUGAAGCAGGUUGACCAAGGGAGAAAUAAGAGAGAGCUACUGGAUAAUUCCGACGAAGGUAGAUAAAAUCAGUACCAUUUUUCGGUCUACUUCUACUCUCUGUCUAUGAUCUUCGAGACCAUCACCCUUAGAGCUAUUUCCCAAGCGUAGUUGUCGAGGUCAUCUUCGCUGUCAUCAAAUCAACAAGGAUCUUGAUCUUCUCACAAAAGAACUCACAAAACACAUUUUUCUAAAUCAAGACAAGACCACAUGUGCGCAGCAACGUGCUGCCGCUUCGACUAAGUGUCCGCACUCCCCCACCAGAAGCCCCAGCGGGAGUGGGACGACCUCCCGACAAGAGACCCCGCAAGAGGCCUUCCUACAAUUCCGCCAAGCUGCUAAGGAGGUUUUCUAUCCAUCCUUGCUCACCAAGUUAUGAAGGAGAUGAAAGUAACUAGUAAAAGUCUACUUGAUGCUGAUGCUGAUUCAAGCAAGAUGAACUUGAAAGAGGUUUUGAUCCAUCGUGUGUAUCAUCUAUGACGCCCUUGUGGCAGUCUGCACUGAACUUUGUACGCGGAAAAUACGCAGGUAGGAUUUGAUUUAUUGGAACUCGCUCGCAAAAUACGCAGGUAGGUUUUGACUUAUCGGAACUCGCUCGCACUACAAAAAAAAAAAAAGCGAGAUAAAUUGUAUUGUAUUGUACGUACUAUCUUUAUCAUGAAGUAGCAAUUAUGAAUAGAUGAUAAUGAGAAUAAAGAGGUGCGUCGAACAGCUCACGUCGACGAUCAUUGUUUCAUAUGAAAAUGAGCUGCAUCUUCAGCCUUGCGCAUAUUUUAUGCGUAGAAGUGCCUCUACUUGUACUUGUUGAUGUCCUAAAUAAAAUAGUACUAGUGCAGCUUCAUCUUGUCAAGAACAUCGAGGAAUUGCCACAGCCACUAUCAGACAUGCCUCCUCAUUUUACUACCUCUCUAGUACCAACCUCUUACACUAGUACCAACCUCCUCAUUCUACCUCUCUAGUACCAACCUCCUCAUUUUACUACCUCUCUAGUACCAACCUCUUACAAAACUAGUCUCUAGUCUAAGAAGAGCGCCGCCAGCGCAGCGAGAACACCACUCUUGGGGGGGCAAUCCAGAUUCUGACGAUGAAGGUGAAGCUGUGGAUUCAACGUUGCAGUCGUAUAUCGCAUACAACGAUGAGGGUGAAGCUGUGGGUACAACGACGAAAAAAGAGAAACAGUUUAUUUGCCUAGAAAGCGCCAUUCCUGUUUCCGAUUCGUCUCCUGCGAAGGUGAAAGAAGUAGACGUCGAGAAAAAGCCUACUAUUGUAGUUAUGAGGACCUCCUAGAAGUUUGUAGAUUGAAGAUAAUGUAGAAGAAGAAGAUUUUUAAAAGUAGUUGUAGACUUUUUAGGCAGUUGUAGAUGUUGUACUUCUCCUUCGGACCACAGACAGUGCUUCUACUUGGAAACGAAACAAACGCUACAGGUGGAGUGGAAAUCCUCACAGGAGCACUCCUCACUUUUUAAAUCUUUCUACUUAACCAGCUCUAAUGCAAUAGCAUCGAAGCUGCGCGCUCCUGAUAUCAUCAGGGUUAUGCGGCCUACUGCCCACACGAUUCCCGCUGCUGAGGCCUACAAUCCGAAAUCCCCGCUGCGUCGUGGUGCAGUCGUGGCUGCUGGAGCUGGAGGCAAUGUCAAUGGUAUUCUUCACCAAAUACGAACGUCGCGAGUCAUUUUUAAAGUCAAUCUGUGUCCUGGUCCUCCACGUGUGAGGGUGUGCUCCGCGUGGAUCGAUAGGUGUACUCUUAGAUAGGUUUACUCCCAGUUCGGUGUACUCACUCUUAGAUAGGUGUGGUCUUAGAUAACAAUCACAAUGAAUAUGUUGUAUCGCUGAAGAUACUACGUUUUCAACGGGUACCUAACCUAACAACAUAUUCUUAAUUUGAUAAUUUCCUUCUCAAUAUUCUAACCUAUUAACCCGAUACUACUAUAACAUAUUCAUACUACAACUACUUACUAUAACAUAUUCAUACUACUAUAACAUAUUCAUACUGUUUUUCAUUUGCUGUAAUUGUAGAAUGAAUAUCAACCCUUUGGUCUUCCUCGGUCUAUCCUAUCAUACUAGUACAACAACUAGUAGUAUACUACUACUAGUUAUUAUUGCUACUACCUCCUCCUCCAACGUAACAGGUACCGCGGCUCCAGUGAAGAGGUCGAAAGUCUGUCGCUUUUGGCUUAGGGGAAAUUGCCUGAAAGGGAAGUACUGCGACUGGGCUCAUCGACAUAAAGAUUCGCCCCCAGCCUUAAACGCGUACUAUUACUAUAUUACUAUAAAUAUUAUUUUUAGACUUUUCAUCAUCUCAUCAUCAUCAUCAUCAUCAUCAUCAUUUUUAGACUUUUUUAUUUUGGUAUUACAUUCAGUCUGUUUCACUGGUAGUUUACUUCAUGUAGUGUAUGUAAAAAAAACCUCUAGAAUUAGCUGAUUUUCAUUAAUAUUAUUAUUUUGUUGUUAUAUGGGAAUAUUCGUAGUUACCGGACUCACUUUAGAGCAUAAGACAGUCUCACUUUGUGCCAUUUCGAAGGGAAAUGGCUGCCAUGGAUCUAGACCCACAAUGGUUUGCUGAUAGACCGCGCGACACCGUUGAAGAUGGGGCCAUAGAUGGAAACGGCUUGGAAGUAAGCGGGUUUCGCUCGCCGCUAUGGUUAUGUCUAGAUAGGCUUCGCCUAGCGACGCCAUUAGGAUUGACUUAUGUCUGCGCAUUGGUCAUGGAAGUCUUUGAGAGCGUUGCGGAGGAUAUCCGAUCCUACGCCAGACGUGGCCUGCAGUUGGAUGCAGCAGCCGCGCCAUGCGGGUGCGAAUCUGUUGGAAUGUCAGAAGACAGGACCUUGCUGUCGCAGCGAGUAUAGCAAGGACGCUUGCUCUGGUGCGUGGUGGAAGGCAGUAACGGGGGUGGCAGUAUGUACAGGGAGCCUUACGGACUUGUCUGUCUGCUGACUGGCCAGGCUUCGAGUGCUCUUCGAGCACUAGCCUCAUGUGGGUUAGGUGUCUAGCGUUAGCACAAUGACACAGUAUCGUCCUUCCUUCGGUUGGAUCUUGGUAUAGUUUGCGUGAUGUGAUGCUUUUCAGGUGUUGCAUUAUGUGACCGGACAGCACAUUCACGAGGUGGGUGCUGACGCGGUGCUGCGAAGGAGGGGCAGCACCGACCUGGCCCGAGGUGUCCAACGGGUACGUCCAUCCGCUGUGCGGGUGGACGGAUGGAGGAUCUGCGAUCUCUCCUUGACUAUCUUGACUUCAAUGCACUACAUAACGAGAUCAUGGCAUUCGCCUGGUGUAAGUAGACUGUGCAGGAACUGGCGACAAGUCAGAUGCUUCUGGUGAUGGAGCUGCAAGGCAACUCACGUUGUUGCAGUGACUCUCACGCGGGAGGAGCGCUCUAGGAAAGCAGUGAUGUUCAAUGUGCAAGAUAGUGAGACUAUCUUAUCUUGUUCUGAGUAUGGUAAAGGCGUGACUUCUACUAGUUACUGGAUGUAGUGACGCUGAUGCUUCACCUAACUUGAUGAUGGAUAAGGACUUGUAUGCCCAAUUUCAGACACUCCCUGGCUGAAGUCCUUACUUUGUUUUUAUAGUCUUACGAGAUCGAUCGAUUACCUCAAGAAUAGUAAGAGUACUUUUACUCGAUUUUUUGCAAGGUUCUCUGAGCUGCAAUGCUCCAUAUUUUGUUGUUCUAGUACUGCUAGUUCCCCUGUGCCUGUCCGUCGCUGCUAGGGGCCCGUACUUCUUUCUCUACCGGGCGGCAUAGGAAAAAUCGCAACAGUAGUACAACUACAACAGUUUAUUCAUUUUCCUCCUCUUCAACCACUUUCGAAAUCUUCGGUCGAUUUCCCAAUGGAUACAGGAGAAAGUAGUCUUCGUGGAGUUACUUUUUCUGCUUCUCUUACCACUACAGGAACGAGCCUUUGUGUACAUAUUGGAAACAUGGCAUUUGCAACAUUGGUGAGAAAUGUCAGUGGAAGCACACGGAGCCGGGAGUUAAGGGAAAGCACCUGUAUUUCGUAAAUAAAUAGCUAAUUAUGUACUGUCCUGGUGUAGUUUGGAUAAAUAGUUACCAUCAAUCUCGUAUUUCGUGUUUGGAGGAACAAGUAGUUGUCGUUGGCUUUAUUUAGAGUACUGCUUGUGCUUCUACUCACACAUGAUGAAUAUUAAAUAAAAGCAUGAUUACUCCUACUCCACCUGGAUUCAUGUCGUACACAAAAGCAAGAAUCUUCAGUGGACGAGUCUCAAUAUACUUAUAGUAAUAGUAUAAUUAUCGUCCAGUGAAGAUUCUUGUUUACUGGCGCUAGUUCUCGCUUAAUCCGUGGAAGACGCGCGGCCAGGUUUCAAAUUCCUCCUUUUCUAAUGAAUUCGUGAAAGAUCCCUUCGAGGAGGAAGACCAAGACAAGGACGUGCUAACCUGCCAACCAGUGCCUCAGAUCACUUCUACCGCUACUGUCGAGAUUUUACCGAUGCAACCGAUAGAGAGAAAGGUAGAACACUUCUAUAAUAUUAAUAUCCCUCUACAGAAGAUUGGAAACCACUCAAACAGAAUCGGAACACGCUUCUCUCACUUUCCAACAGAAUCGGAACACGCUCAAACAGAUGCCAACAGCUACAGCGGGCGCCUCUUCUUUGAUCAAGUGCCACGCUGAUGCAACAGCUGAGAACAAGGCCACUGGGAAUUUGCUGGAGCAGGUAGCACUUACUUCAUGUAAGUACUCGCCAGUCUGACUGAGUGUGCGUAAAUUAUACGCUUACUUAGCUCAUGCCUCAAGGAUACAUUCAUGACCUCCUAAGUGUGUAUAGCUAUCUCCAUCGACGCAGGAUCUCUUGAUAUUAAACAAUCAUCCCGAGAAUACUUCAGGCCACCCGCCAUAACGAUGAGGUAGAGACUCGACACCAGAACGAGGCAGUCGACGUAGAAUGUCAGCGCUUGUUAUGAUGACUUGGACUUCGAUUUCGAUUUUCGAAGUGAUAUUCUAAAAAUUUGCAAGUAGAAGUCCCUAUUCUAUCCUCUGCUCUCCUCUCCUAUCUUCCUGCUGCAUGCUUUAUUCUAUGGUCUGUCUUUUUUCUAGGUAGGUCGGCUCCACCACAAUUUUUUAUUACUUAGCCUUACUUGGACUGGUGGGCUCACAACUAUGAACUACUGGCGACUUGCAGUGGUGACACCCCCUAAUUUUUGAGUAGUCAAAGUAGGACCGAUUUUUGAGUUCUCUCUUCUCUAAUUCCAGCUGCGGAGAAUCUCGAAUUGAAACGUCAGUUGUGUAAAUCGGCCAGCGUCAUAGGCUGCAAAGGCCUUCUGGUACUGCUGCUGGUUGCAUUUUACAUCGUUAUGGCCAGAAAAUCUAAGAAUUAGACUAGAGCUUACAAAUAUAUGAAUAAUAUCAUAUGUGAAAAUAUUUAUAUGUGAUGUAGGAGCUUCUUGUUAGGUGAAUCAGUGCACUUACAUACGGAGCACACGCAUGACAAGAGCUUUCCUCUGGAUUUUUAUUAUAGGUACAAAAACGUCGGAUACGAUAUUUAAGUACAGUAGUCACGUUCAUUUCCAUAUCCUACGUUUAAGUAUUUAUUAUAGACUAUUCAAUGACAAUAAUUGAUGUGUAAUAGAAAGAAGUACUAGCUUCUAGUCCAACAGGAGGCACAGUCCAACCGAGAAACAUCAGAGACACUAGUCCCACAACCCCAGAAGCCGUACUUGCAAAUCGGAGGUCAUCUAAUUAAACGGUCUUCCAUACCCCACGAUGAAUGGGUACACUACUACUACUACUACUACUACUACUAGUACUACUACUACUAGUACUACCCGCGUCCUCUAAUGUCGGCUAUCAUUCCGUGCAAGAACGCGGAGCGGCAAUGAAUGCGGAUACUUCAUCGAGUAUGUUGUCGAAGAACGGGACGAGGAACCCCUUUUGUUCUACAACUAUGCCUCGAACUCGAUGCAGUGAUGAAAAAUGA